UUACUUGUGAGCUGUUCGCCAUGUUGCUUUCUUCUGCUCGUUCUGCAGCCGCCUCUGCUGGUUUGGGACGGCGUGCGGCCUCAACCAUCGCCGUCAAGUAUGCCCAUGCCGCCUACUCCGCCGCCCUCGCCAAAUCACCACAGAACCUCUCCAAAGUUCAGACAGAACUGAACGCCAUCUCCAAAUCCAUCAAGGAGGUCCCCGAGCUGAAAUCAUUCGUCUCCGACCCCACUCUCUCCGUCAAGGACCGCUCAGCCGGCCUUCCCGCUCUUUUUGCGCGCGCAGAGGGCACUGGUGCGAAAAAGGAGCAGAUCUCGGACACCACGAAGAACCUGUUCGCGCUGUUGUCGGAGAACGGACGGUUGACAGAGACGGAGGGCAUCAUCGAAGGGUUUAACGAGUUAGUUGCCAAGUACAAGGGGGAGCUGGAAGUCGUUGUCACGUCAGCGACGCCUCUAUCGAAGGAUAUCCUCACCCGCCUUGAGACGACUUUGAAGCAGUCGCAAACCGCGCAGCAGGCGAAGAGCCUUAAACUCACCAACAAGAUCAACCCUUCCGUGUUGGGUGGUCUCGUCGUCGACUUUGGAGAGAAGACGAUCGACCGCAGCGUGUCGUCGCGCGUCAACAAGCUCAAUAGCCUUCUUCAGGAAUCCGUUUGAGCUGCAGUCGCGUUGACUGGGUCUUUGUAGUUGUUGGCAUCUAUAAAAUCGACUCUGUCUUCCUCCGAACUGCGACACGUGUGGACUGUUUCCCGAAACAUCAGCAGUGAUAACCGCAGACGAGAGAUUGUCGCAUAUUCGUCUGCGAACGGAGUGACAACCUGUGACAUCGCUCCCAAUUCGUCACUGAGAGCAUGAUAUAUACGUUCAAUCGGCUUUGAUAAAUAAGUGAGGUGUGCUAUCGCCAUUCUUGUAGCUGG